UUGCUGUUUGCUUAGCUUCCAACAACAUUCAACAAUGGCUCUUUCUUGGGUGAUCACAGCACUUCUCUUCUCAUUGGUUCUCUCUCAUGUCGAAUCUUCAUCAGCUCACCAAGCCUUACUGCAUGGCUCAGUCUCUUGCCUUGAUUGCGCAGAGAACAACCAGCUCCAUGGCAUUAGGGUUUUGGUGGGAUGUGAUGGAGUGAAGAAAAUGGCGAUGACAGUAACAGACGAAAAUGGUCACUUUAGAACUGAGCUGCCACGGGAUUCUUCUUCUAAGUCUUCCACCAACAACUGCCUAGCCAAGCUGCUUGGUGGGCCCACACAGCUCUGUUCCACCAAAAAAACCCUAGUCUCUAAUGUUGUGAAAGCCCAUGAUAAAAAAUCUUUCACCAUAGCCACACCCCUUGCCUUCUUCACAUCAUGUUCUACAAACACUAAGGUCAAGACCCAAUCAUCACCGUCGGAUGAGAUGACUAAGACCUCCCCACUGGAUUUCGGAUCGUCCAAGAUCAUUGGUGUACCAACAGAGUGGGGCCUUCCACCUGCCAGUGACUAUAUUCCAGUCCUGCCCAUCAUAGGAAUUCCUUGA